AUGGACGCGCAGUGGGACAAGGUCAGGAAACAGCUCAACGCACAGACCAAGCAGGUCCAGCGGCCCGCCCAGCUCCUCGUCGCAGUCGAGUCGACCCUCGCCUCGACCGACUCUCCAUCCGCCGACAUCGCACCCCAGGCCUACUGGGUCGCGUUCCUCUCGACGCUGGAGCAGCUGGCAGGAGACGCGGAUGCAGCCAAGCCCGACUCGGACAAGCGCGCACUCCUCGAGGCGUGUCUGUACCUACUCGCCCUCCUCGUCCCCUUCCUCGACAAGCCUGCUCUCCGCGCGCGCAUCGACAUCCUCCGCCUCCUCCCUCCCCUCUUCCAGUCCUUUGCCGCCCACGCCCCAGCAGUCAAGUCCCUCAUCGCACUCGCCCAGUCCCUCCUCGCCUCCGCCUCCCAGACACAGCUCGAACGCGACCUCGACGGCUGCCGCUCCGUCUACGCGACCAUCCUCUCCCUCUGCGCCGACGCACGACCAAAAGUCCGACGACGGGCGCAGGAGGCGGUCCAGGCGGUUCUUGCUUCAACUCCGCCUCCAGCCGUUUCGCAUCCGUACGCCAGCGAGAGCGCAGAGUGGAUCUGCUCCAAGCUGGAAGAGGCGGUCAAGGGGGCAAAGCGGGCGCACGGGGGAGGCGGAAAGAAAGGCGAAGAGCACGGCGGAGACGAGAGCCGGGCGAUUGCGCUCCUCACGUUCGUGAAGAACUUGGGUUCGGCGUGGCCUGCAUCGUCCACGUCGAUGCUGCUGCCAAUCAUCCUCUCGACCUUGACCCUGUCCUCGCCGCACCUCACGCUGUCCGCCCUCACCCUCCUCUCGCACCUGUUCUCCGCCUCGCACGCCGCCUCCUCCAUCUCCGACGACCACGUCCGCGACACGCUCGAAGCGCUCGUCAACGCCAAGCCGAAAGUUGCGGAAGGCAGCGAGCAGGGCGAGAAGCUGUUGGCGGGAUGGGCGGAGGGAGUUGGCGAGGGAAUGGUCGCGCUCGCACGGUCUGAUGCCGAUGCUGCCCUCUCGCGCAUGGCAACGCUCUUCCCCGAAAUCCUGCCCCUGCUCGCCUCGGCGCAGACGCCCGCACUUCGCACCGCCGUCGAGACUUCGCUCUCCCUCAUGAUCCGCCACUGCCUCACCGACGCCGACACCACCUCGAACGGCCCCGUCAUCUCGAGCGUCGUCUCGCACGCCGAAAAGGCGAUCACCUCGUCGCGGUACGCCGCCUCGGCCCAGCCGCAUGUCCUCGCGCUCGUCAAGGCGCUCUUCCUCCGCCUCCGCGUCCGCGUCAACGGCGAACCCGCCGCCUCCCGUCUCCUGAGCAAGUCGCUCGUCCUCGUCGCCAAGGCGCGGGAAGACUCGCGCUUCGAGUGGAAGAAGGAGGCCGACGCGGUCCUCGACGCCGCAGUCAAGGUCCUUGGCCCGGCUCGCGUGCUCGAACUCGUCCCACUCAACCUCGACCCGUCCGAGUCGCCCUCCAAGGCGCGCGCAUGGCUCCUUCCGCUCCUGAAACCCGCAAUCACCAACACCCGCAUCGACCACUUCCGCGAGACGUUUGUCCCGCUCUCGGCGGCGUUCUUUUCCAAGGCGGAGGAGGCGCGCGCGGGCGGACGCGACAUGGAAGCCAAGGUGUGGGAGACGCUCGUCGGGCAGGUCUGGGCGCUCUUGCCGGGCUACUGCGAGUACCCGACCGACCUCGUCGAGUCGUUCGAUACCGACUUUGUCUCGCUCGUCGCCAACGUCGUCUACACCCAGGCGACUUUGCGACCCGCCGUCUUCAAGGCGCUCCAGACGCUCCUGACGACCACGCUUACCCUUGCCAACUCGACUUCCCCGCCCGACCUCCUGCGCGAGCAAUUCUCGCUCACGCCGGCGGACGGAAAGGCCUCGCUCGCCCACCUCCGGACGCUCGCGCAGACGAUUCUCUCGGUCGCCUUCAACGUCUACGGCAAGAUGAACCGCGGAGAGGGCGGAUACGUUCUCGAGACCGUCGGCCUGUGGUUCUCGAUCCUCCCGCCCGACGAGCUUGUCUCGACGUACGAGCGCGUCGAGGGCCUCGUCGGCCAGGCGCUCGCUGGCGACGCCCUUCCGCCGAGCAAGAAGGACGACCCGACGAUCCCUCCCUCACACGCCCUGCUCGACAUCCUCAUCGCCAUGAUCCCGCACGCUCACGGUGCCGUCGCACGUCGCCUCUUUGACUUUGCGAUGCAGGACCGCGUGUUGGGCUGCGUCGACCAGGCCGUCCAGAAGAAGGCGUACCGCAUCCUCGCGCGCCUGUGCGAGGAGAAGGGCAAGGAGGUCGUCAGCGGCCGCGAGGGCGAGGUGAUCGACAAGAUUGUCGACGGCGCGUCCCAGGUCGCAAACGGCGCCAAGCGCGACCGCGUCGCCCUCCUCUCGGCGUUCGUCCCGCUCAUCCCCUCCGACUCGCUUCACAUCGUCCCGUCGCUCAUCCCCGAGGCGGUCCUCUCGACCAAGGAGUCGAACGGCGUCACGCGCGAGUCGGCCUACUCGCUCCUCGUCUCGAUGGGUCAGCGCAUGGCGAACGGCGGACGGAUCAAGCGGCACCUGAUCAAGGGCAUGGAGGACGCGAUGGAGGACGAGGUCGACGCGAGCGAGGAGGAGUUCGUCACGAUGCUCAGCGCUGGUCUCGCCGCCGCGAACCCGCACAUGAUUGCGGCGACGAUCGGUGCACUCGGUCGUCUCGUGUGGGAGUUCCACGCCUCGCUCAAGGACUCGUACCUCACCGACUUGCUCGAGACGAUCGUCGUCUUCCUCUCCUCCGCGAACCGCGAGAUCGUCAAGGCCGGUCUCGGUUUCGUCAAGGUUGCGGUCGUCACGCUCGACUCGGCACUCGUCCUCCCCUCUCUCCCGCAGCUCGUCCCGGCCCUCAUCAACUGGUCGCACGAGCACUCGAACCACUUCAAGGUCAAGAUCCGCCACUUGCUCGAGCGCAUGAUCAGGAAGUACGGCUACGACGCGGUCGAGCGGUACGUGCCCGAAGACGACAAGAAGCUCGUCAGCAACAUCCGCAAGCGGCAGGCGCGGAGCAAGAAGAAGAAGGCGGCGGCAGCGGCGGGAAUGGAUGUCGACGGUGAGGAGGUGGAGGAGGGCGAGACCGCACCGCGACCACAAGCAGCGCAGCGCUCGGCGUACGACGAGGUCCUGUACGGGUCCGACUCGGACGUCUCUGCUUCGGAAGACGAGGACGCCGGCGAAGGACCGGUCCGACACGCCCCGACCGGCGUGAAGAACCGCAAGUCGCAGGCGCGGAAGGCCAAGAAGGAGGAGGGCGGCGCGUUCAUCCAGGAGGGCGAGGACGAAGUGCUCGACUUGCUCGACGAGAAGAUGAUGAGCCGGAUCUCCGCCACUCGCCCGGCGCCCGCCAAGACUGCCCGGAAACCGCUCGACUCGCACUUCAAGACCGACUCUUCGGGUCGCAUCCGCAUCGAGGAGGAGGGCUCGUCCGACGACGACCGCGCCCCUUCAACGUCUGCAGGAGCGAAUGCCGGACCGUCGGGCAUGGGCGACUACCUCGAGGCGAUGCGCGGCGAGGACGGCCACACCCGCGAUGCGCGCGGACGCAUCAAGUUCAACAAGACGCAGGGCAAGCGUGCGCGCGGCGACGACUUUGACGACGACGACCCCGAGCGGGAUGUGCCGGUCACGGAGGGCUUGAAGGAGCUGGACGUCACGGGCAAGAAGCGGUGGAAGAAGCAGAAGAAGGAGGUCCAGCAGGUCGGCGGCGAGUUCAAGGCCAAGCGCGCCGGCGGCGACGUCAAGAAGAACGGCAUGCAGCCAUUCGCUUUCGUCCCGCUCCAGCAAGUCGCCGGCAAGAAGUCGAACCAGAAGGGCGCGCCCAAGGUCGGCAUCACCGGUCUCAAGCGCUCGGCGGGCAAGAAGUGA